GCCGCUCAGUCGAGUUUCAGACGUGGUCGCGUUCAGUUCGUGGCUGUUUACUGCGCUUACAAUUGCUCUGUGUCUGUCUCUGUGUCUGUGUUUCCCGCCCCACUGCCGCAUGCAGUCGUCUCGGUGAAAAUGCAAAUUUGCCCAAGUACCAAAUACUAAAUACUCGAACGGUUGUCGUCGGUCGGUGGAAUUGGCCGCACAUCGCUACCUGGCCUCGUCAUCAUCAUCAUCCCUCCGAAACUCUGGGAAUCCUGGCGGGGGGCACAAAGCAAACAGCGCAUCCGUUUCCGGUUCUUUCUGCUGAUUGUUGUUGCAGUCAGUCGGUCGCUGGUUUUUCAUGAAUGAAAUUUGUAAUUCCGUGUGAGUGUGCGCGCGAGUGUGUGUGUGUGAGCCGCAGGUCCCGUCCAGUUUGAGCCCGAACUCCAGCGGUGUCAACUGACGGCCCAGCAAUCGCAUUGUCGUCAGUGCACCGUAAAGAUCUUUAUCGCAUUUUAAACACAAACGUUCUGGAGCAGAAGGCAUCGUCGUCACCGUCGUCAUCGUCGUCGUCAGGUAGACGGAAACCAAACAUCGGGCCCGGCCAGGUUAAUGCGGUUUAUUGUUCUAUGAGCGAGCGCUCUGGCACCGCUCUGUUUAAGUUUCGCACGCUGAUAAAGAGGACCUCGCCCAGCCAUCGAUAUGUGGCCAAAGCUCAGCCCACUUCUCAUGCUCUCGCUGCUGUCCGCCCUGGCAGCGGCCAAUGACCUCAAGGAUCUGCUAGAGGACAGCACCACGACGAUCAGCAGCACCACCACCACCAGCACCACUCCCUCACCGUUGUCAUCGCCCACCACGCCCACCGCCUAUGUGGUGUCCGCAGCGGCAGUUCCCGCCCUUGCUGCCGGCAGAGGAAAGUCCAAGACCUCCUCCGGCAAGUACGUCAACAAGAGCUCUCCCAGGAAGCGCAAGGCGGAGCAGGUGUCCUCGCUGCCGCUGCCCGUGGACGACGGACUCAUGGAGUGGAAGUGCCCCAAUAUCACGGGCACUCGGAACGCGGAACUCGAGUGCGGAUGCGACCUGCCCCACACACUCCGGUGCAACAUUGAUCUGCACGGAAUGCUGCUUUUGGCGGACAGGCUGCGCACCUCUCCGUACUCCAUUUCGUUGCUGGACUGUUCCUUGCGGAACGUGACCUUUCUGAGCGAUGCCAAGAUCUUCGAUGGAGUUUCGCUGCACGGCUUAGUGAUCUCCUCCGGCGAGAUUAAGCGGGUGCACAAGUCCGCCUUCCUGGGAAUCCGAGGACCUCUACAGGCACUCGGACUGCCCGGAAAUGCGCUGAUGAGCGUGCCCUGGAACGCUUUGUCCACGCUGGGCGCCUUGGAGCGCUUGGACCUGGCCAACAACAAGAUCAAGGCCCUGGGCACCGCCGACUUUGUGGGCUUGACCAGUCUGGUUUACCUGGAGCUGAGCAACAACCAGAUCUCGAGCAUUUCGCAGCGCACCUUCGGCAACCUGCGAAAGCUAGAGGUGUUGAAGCUGGGCGGCAACAGAUUGGGUGACUAUGCCCAGAGCUUGAGGUCGCUGAGCCAGUGCCUCAGCCUGCGGCAGCUGGACUUGCAGGCCAACAACCUGAAUGGACCACUGAGUGAGCAGACGCUGCCCGGAAUGAGGAACCUCGAGAGCUUGAACCUCAAUCGAAAUCUUAUCAAGAGCAUCCAGAACAAGGCGUUGGCCAAUUUCUCGCGACUGGUGAGUCUCUCGCUGCGCCACAACCAAAUCGAUGUGCUGCAGGACCACGCCUUCUUCGGGCUGGGGGCUUUGGACAGCCUGGAUCUGAGCUACAAUGGCAUUGUGGCCAUCUCUAGUUCCUCGCUGCAGCAUCUGUCCCGCCUGACCGUACUGGAUCUCACCCAUAACUUCCUGCGAGCCCUGACCUCCGAUUUGAUAGCACCGCUGCCAUCGCUAAGGGAGUUGCGGCUGGCGGGCAACGACAUCUCCAUUGUGGCCCGGAACGCCAUGGACGGAGCUCGGGAACUGGAGAGCCUGCAGAUGCAGGACAAUCCGCUGUCGUGCGACUGCAGCAUCCGGCCCUUCGCCGAGUGGCUGCAGGAGUCGCAGCUCCACUCCAGCCUGAGUGCCUCCUGUGUGACGCCGCCCAGGCUGGAGGGAGCUCCGUUGCUCCAGGUUCCCGUGGAGACACUCAGCUGCGACAUGGACAACGUGGAGAAGGACAAUGCCAACAUCAUGCAGCACCUGGAGACGCUGGCCAAGCCGAAUCAAACCUCGCCCAUCAAGGAUCUCUCCGAGGAGAUUAUUCUACAUGAGCUGCACUUUUCGGCGGACUAUGGCCUGAUCCUCACCUGGCUGCUGAAUCUUAGCAAGAAGGAUUACAUGUGCGAUGCGAUCUUUGUCUACAAGGAGGAGCACAUAAACGAGAUUCUCAUAGACAACUCACCGAUCCAUUGCGAGAGCAAAGUGGUCAAUGGCCAGAACACCGUGAGUGUGAUAGUGCCGGAUAGCUCUUCCCUAGAAAUUGGCGAGAGCUAUCGCUUUUGCCUGGUCAUGAUUCAGGAGAAGAAUCCCAAGGCGGAGCUGAACAUUGGCUGCUCCAACAUCACCCAGUUGGAGAGGAGCAGUCCAGGCGCCAUUCCCGUGUCGCGCCAGUACCAGCGACGGCCCUACUAUACCGCCAAUGAGCUGAAACCGGAGGCGGUGCACGAGAGUGCUGGAGAGGAUUACCAGCUGAACCAGCGCCGCUUCAACUCGGUGGUGGGCAGUCAGCCGCAACAGACGCAGCCAUCGACGCUGCUGCACAGCUACACGGUCAUAGAUUCCCUGAACCGGAGCUUCUUGCCGGGAUUGGGCCUGGGCGUGCUGGUCACCUCGGUGCUGGUCCUGAUCUGGGGAGCCACUCGCAUCCGGCAGACGGGCGGCAGUCAUGGCAACGGAGGUGGUGGUGGUGGUGGCAGGAGUAACGAUAGCAUUGGCAGCAACAGCAGCAACAGCAUGCACAACAACAACAACAACAGCAGCAGGCCGGGCACACCGACGGCCACCACCUGCUACGCCGCCUCGGAGCACAUAGCCCGGCUGGCGGAUGCGGAAAACGGGACCCGCUACCUCAAGCUCCAGGCCACGACGAGUCUGUGAGGAAGCAGAAGCAACCAGCCAAAUGUCCACUCAAAAAACCAUGUGAUAGUACAGUAGUACCGACUGUACCGACUGUACCGACUCCCUACUCUUGAGUAGUCUUGAGUUAACGAUAUACGUAGCCCUAAGGUCCACUGCACUAAUCCAAAUAGUUGGCCCACACUAACCCACUUGUGCCAUAAGCUAAUCAAUACGUAUCCCGAAACUCCCACAUAUCAAACGAAUAUAUACACAGCUGGGGUCAAAAGAAUAGCAAAGAAUGGACUCUGAUUGAAGAACUAACGAUAGAUCUUUAAACAUUUAAUCUUAAAAAAGUCGAAAAAUAUAAAAAAAAUUGUAAUACCGUGUAAAAAAUUAUUAUU